AUGUAUGCCUCACUGUUGACUUUCGUCGCCUUUUCUGCCAUUGCCUCUGCGCAUGCAAAUCAUGACCAGAGCCCAAUUCCUGGUCCUCACAAGCAGUUGUGGUACAACUCCUUGCCCGGCGAUGGAGGGACUCAAGCUGACUCCGUCUUCUCUGGAAUCUCGACAUUCGGACGCCUUCCCUUCUUCCCUUGUCUGGCAAGUGAAGAUGAGAAAUAUGAUAUUGCUUUCUUAGGCGCUCCGUUUGAUACCGGGACUUCUUACAGACCAGGGGCGAGGUUCGGGCCUAGUGGUAUCAGACAAGGUUCUCGCCGUUUGAAUCUUUAUGGAGGAUACAAUGUCCCGUUAGAAGCCAAUCCCUUCUCAAGCAAUAUCAAAAUCCUCGACUGCGGUGACAUCCCCGUCACUUCAUACGAUAACACCUGGGCUCUCCGUCAAAUUGAAGAAGGGCACAAUAGCGUCAUGAUGCGCAAACCUUUCACUAACGCCGAAAAAAAGGGACUGUCCAAAGCCGGGAAGACGCUACCACGUGUAAUCACACUAGGCGGUGAUCAUACUAUUACUCUACCGUUGCUACGUAGUAUCAAUAGAGCUUAUGGACCGGUAACCGUCAUUCAUUUUGAUAGCCAUCUGGACACGUGGAAACCAAAAGUCUUCGGCGGCGCUCCUUCAGAGAUUGCUAGCAUCAACCAUGGGACGUACUUUUAUCAUGCGGCCAUGGAAGGGCUGCUUAGGAACGACACAAAUAUUCAUGCUGGAAUCCGCACGACGCUUUCUGGACCGUCAGACUAUGACAAUGAUGGGUAUGUUGGCUUUGAGAUUGUAGAGGCCAGGGAGAUUGAUACUAUCGGUACCGGUGGAAUCAUAAAACGUAUCUGUGAUCGCGUCGGCACCAUCAACCCCGUUUACCUUUCCAUCGACAUUGAUACCCUCGACCCUGCUUUCGCCCCUGCUACGGGCACACCCGAAACCGGUGGAUGGACGACCCGUGAACUCCGCACAAUCGUCCGCGGUCUUGACGGACUCAACUUUGUCGGCGCUGAUAUCGUCGAGGUUGCUCCAGCAUAUGAUACUAAUGCUGAGCUGACAACUAUGGCUGCGGCGGACGUUCUCUAUGAAGUGUUGACGAUUAUGGUUAAGAAGGGACCGUUGAGUUUGUCGGAACGUGAAGAGCUAUAG